CCCGAGCAUGCGCAGUGGGCGUGCUCGCGCCGCCGCCCAUCAGCUGAGACCGGCUGCGCCUGGCAGUGGGCCCCCGGGUGACAGCGGCUGGAGGUGGCGGAGGAAGCCGGCGAGGUCAGGGUGACUCCUAGAAAUCCAGGUAGCCUACUUGCAUCUGAUGAAAUCAGCCAGCCAGCCAACCAGCCAUGUCUUACACUCCAGGAAUCGGUGGGGACCCUGCCCAGCUGGCGCAACGCAUCUCCUCUAACAUCCAAAAGAUCACACAGUGCUCCGUGGAAAUACAGAGGACUCUGAAUCAACUUGGAACACCUCAAGAUUCACCAGAAUUGAGACAACAGCUGCAGCAGAAGCAGCAGUAUACUAACCAACUUGCGAAAGAAACGGAUAAGUACAUUAAGGAGUUUGGCUCUCUGCCCACCACCCCCAGUGAACAGCGUCAGAGAAAGAUACAGAAAGACCGGCUAGUGGCAGAGUUCACCACGUCACUGACAAACUUUCAGAAGGCCCAGAGGCAGGCUGCUGAGAGAGAGAAAGAGUUUGUUGCCCGAGUGCGAGCCAGUUCCAGAGUAUCGGGUGGUUUUCCUGAAGACAGCUCAAAAGAAAAGAAUCUUGUAUCCUGGGAAAGCCAGACACAGCCUCAAGUGCAGGUCCAAGAUGAAGAAAUCACAGAGGAUGACCUCCGACUCAUUCAUGAGAGAGAGUCUUCAAUCAGGCAGCUGGAAGCUGAUAUUAUGGACAUUAAUGAGAUAUUUAAAGACUUGGGGAUGAUGAUUCAUGAACAAGGCGAUGUGAUUGACAGCAUAGAAGCCAAUGUAGAAAGUGCGGAGGUUCACGUUCAACAGGCAAACCAGCAGCUGUCAAGAGCAGCAGAUUAUCAGCGCAAAUCCAGGAAAACCCUCUGCAUCAUCAUUUUUAUCCUCGUGAUCGGAAUUGUGAUCAUCUGUCUCAUCGUGUGGGGACUGAAAGGCUGAGCCCCGAGGGCGUGGACGACAGCAUGAUGCUGUCUGAGCGACACAGGCAGACUCUUGGGCUCACGUUCUCUUAUCGUUACUGUGAGGCUGUUGUGUAAAACGAUGGUUCCAUACUUUGCCAUUUUUACCAGGGGGAGGGGAGAUUCUUUUGGAUUCAGUCUGAUAUUUUCUAAUACCCAAGGCUUUUCUAAAAAUCCUUACUGGCACAGCUUCCCUGCUNUUUAGUUCAACAACUGUUGGGUUUUGCUCACGUUGUGUAUNCCUCUCAUUUAUAANUUAUUUAUAUUGUUUGACUGAGUUUUGGGAAUUAUUUGAUUGGCGUGUAUACUCUGCCUGCACCUCUGUAACUGUGUAACAUGUGUAACAUGAUUGCGUUAUCUUAUUUAAAAAGAAAGCCCAAGUUUAAAUUUCAUUUGUCCAGUAANUGUUUUCNAUAGGAAACCCUUAACAUACCUGUCNNUGGAAUGUUUUAUCCGCUGUGGUCCACAGCAGUACAGGUCAUCAUUGCUCUUUCAUUAUUGGAUUGUUCUUAUCAUCUCCGAAUAAAAUCAGUGAAUCUUUUCCUGGUGUGUAUAUAUGCAUUUGCUGUGGCUUACCUAGUAAAGACAGUAAGGAUAGGCUCUCUUUUCAUAUGGACUAUUUAAUUCAAUGCAUACUAAGGAAAGCUUAGUUACUGUACUGUUCAGUGAAAGUUAGAGGAAGUGGCUGAAAGGUCCAUACCUGUAUCAUUCUGUUCAGAUGCUAAAGAUCCAGUUACCGCACUGAACCACUUUUACCAUACUCUCUGGCUAUGUGGCCAUUAUGUACUUUCUCUCGUGGGCCACGGAACACUGCUUAGACAUAUAUCUUUGGGUCCUAUCUUCACAAAGUGAUGUUCCCACCGUUACAGAUUUGGGAUUUCAUUUUUAUAUUUAGUUUUUGACACUUAAGUUUUAGAGUUUAUUUAGAUACCAUGGUUUUUUUUUUUAUCAUCAUUCAAAUAGGAAUCAGAUGUCUGCCAAUGAACUCACUUGUCUUUUUGAAUCAAUGUUUUUAACGCACUAAUAUGAAUGCUGUAAGAGGGGUUAUCUUAGUUUCUCAUUUGUGUUUUAUAAUGUUCUUACACAGCAGUUUGCUAAUGAUGGCACUGUUUAAUUUGGCUCUGAAACCUUUAAGUGGGAACGAGUGAAAUAUUAACAAAAUAAUUGUAUCUUUGCAAGCAGAAUAAAGAUGAUUCUGGAGAUGUCUGCUAA